GCCACGACUGUUCAUUUCUCGUGGGAGUAUUUUCCACCAAAACUCUUUUGAAACGCCUGAAACUCUCUCUCUCUCUCUCUCUCUCUCUCUCGUUUAAUAAAGAAAGGUCUGAGACAAAAGCAUCCGGUCCGUGAAACCAGUACCAGGACGGCAGGACGUCGUACUCUUCUUCUUUCCCUCUCUCCGUUUGGUUUGGCUAUGAGCAAUCGUGGAAACUCUGCGAAUGAUCCUGAGUAUUCGGGCACUGUAGGUGAAGCUUCCUUUGCUUAGGUUUCUUUUGAAGUUUUUUCAUGUGGGUGUUCGGUCUCUGAAGACCUGGAUUUCUCUGGAAGCAAGAGAUGGGUGGGUUCUUAUAUGCUUGAAUCCUUGGAAACUUGACAGGAGGUUUGGAUUUGAAGUUGGGGGUGGGUGCAUUUUCGAUUUCAGCGCUUCCAUUGAAGUUUUGGGAGGUAGAAAGACUUGUUAUGUUUUUCACUGGAAGCUGUUGUUAUUGAAGUUAGCAUGUCUAAAUGAUUGAGUUCUUUGAGAAGGAAAAUGGGGUUUCAUUGUUAACUUCGAUCCUUUGAUGAAAAGCCAAGAAGAGGAGAUUCAGGUUCGAAGUUCAAGUUUUUGUGAGAAAGGAGGCGUGCGUUUUCAUCAGAAGCUGUUGCUUUUGGAAGAGAAGAGUGAGUUUGGCGGUGGAGAUCAGUCCUUGCUGCGGAUUGGUUUUCAAGCAUCUACAGUCCUCAAUGAACCUUGAGGGAUUGAGUUCUGUGCAGGGCUGGUACCUUCUAGAUUUCUUUCAUUCUCUUUGUUGAGGUGAAGUUACAUCUCUUUAUGUUCAUUUUCGUGAAGUGUUUUAGACCCUGUAAAGGAAAAACUGCUCAACAAAGAAGAGAACCUGCCAUGGCCUUUUCCUCCUGGUUUUCUCUUUUUCUGUUGGGCUUAAUGUACAGAACCCAGCUGGUGGUUGCUCAGCAGGAUGAUCGAUCGACAAUGUUGGCACUCAAGGAAGAGCUUUUAGUACCUGGAUGGGGUCCUGACGAAUCGGAUUUCUGCAGUUGGGCAGGCGUACGCUGCAGCUCGAACGGGUCUACGGUGGAAAUACUCGAUCUUUCUCACCGCCAGCUCCGAGGUAACAUAACGCUAGCCUCUGAGUUAAAAUCUCUAAAGUGGCUCGACCUUUCUUACAAUAACUUCCAUGGACCAAUCCCUCCAUCUUUUGGAAAUCUACCAGAGCUCGAAUUUCUUGAUUUCUCGUCGAAUAAGUUUGGAAGCUCGAUUCCCCCGGAGUUGGGAAGUGCCAGAAACCUUCAAUCAUUAAACCUCUCCAAUAACUUUCUUACCGGAAGAAUACCCGAUGAACUUCAGAGUCUGAAGAGACUACAUGAUCUCCAAAUUUCCGGAAAUAAGUUGAAUGGUUCUAUCCCUUAUUGGGUGGGCAAUUUAUCCAAUCUGAGAGUUUUUGCAGCCUAUGAGAAUGAAUUAAGUGGUAAAAUUCCGGAAAAUUUAGGCUCUUCAUCUGAGAUUCGGUUGUUAAACCUUCACUCAAACCACCUUGGUGGAACCAUACCAGAGAGUAUUUUUGCUCUGGGGAAGCUGGAAGUUUUGGUCUUGACAAUGAACAAGUUGACUGGCAAUCUUCCUGAAUCGAUUGGGAACUGCAAGGGACUUUCCAGUGUCCGAAUUGGGAACAACAGUCUCAUAGGGAACAUUCCUAAAGCCAUUGGUAAUGUCAGUAGCCUUGCGUACUUUGAAGCAGACAAUAACAACCUCUCAGGCGAGAUUGUUCCAGCGUUCGGUCAAUGCUCUAACCUUACUCUUCUGAAUUUAGCUUUUAAUGGAUUUACAGGAAUGAUUCCCCCAGAGCUUGGAGAACUUAUGAACCUGCAGGAAUUGAUUGUUUCUGGUAACAGUCUUUUUGGAGACAUUCCCAAAUCCCUCUUUAAGUGCAGAAGCCUUAACAAGCUAGACCUAAGCAAUAACAGAUUCAAUGGCACCAUACCAGAAGAUAUUUGCAACACACCAAGAUUACAGUACCUGAUCUUGAGUCAGAAUUCAAUAAGAGGGGAGAUACCUCGUGAGAUUGGGAAUUGUCUAAAACUUUUAGCAUUGCAAAUGGGUAGUAACUAUCUGACCGGCAGUAUUCCUCCCGAGAUUGGUCAGAUAAAGAAUUUGCAGAUAGCUCUGAACUUGAGCUUCAAUCAUCUUCAUGGACCGUUACCUUCUGAAUUGGGAAAACUUGACAAGCUAGUUUCCUUGGAUGUCUCUAGCAAUCAGCUCUCUGGAAAUAUUCCAUCUGCAUUCAAGGGAAUGAUGAGUUUAAUUGCGGUUAACUUCUCUAAUAAUCAGCUUACUGGCCAAGUACCAGCCUUUGCACCAUUCCAGAAGAGCCCAAAGUCAAGCUUUUCAGGUAAUAAAGGACUCUGUGGAGAGCCUCUAGGUUCCUCCUGUGGGGGUUCUUUUGGUCCUAUCCAUGAGGGUUACCAUCACAAGACAUCAUACAAGAUCAUUUUAGCUGUGAUUGGUUCUGGUUUGACAGUAUUUCUUACUGUGACAAUUGUUGUUGCACUGUUUAUGAUGAGAGAGAAGCAAGAGAACGCUGCUAAGCAUGAUGCAGGAAUUGCAGAUGUUGGUACCACUAGCCCACCAACGAUAGUAGCAGGAAAUGUCUUUGUUGAGAAUCUCCGGCAGGCAAUAGAUUUUGAUGCUGCUGUCAAAGCUACUCUUAAGGAUUCAAACGAGCUCAGCACUGGGACAUUCAGUACUGCUUACAAGGCAGUUAUGCCAUCUGGGCUGAUUUUAUUAGUGAAGAGACUGAAGUCUAUAGAUAGAACUGUAAUUCAUCACCAGAACAAGAUGAUUAGGGAGCUUGAAAGGCUGGGAAAGCUCUGCCAUGAUAAUCUGAUGAGGCCUAUUGGGUUCAUAAUCUAUGAAGAUGUUGCUCUCUUGCUGCAUGAGUACUUAUCCAAUGGCACAUUAGCUCAGCUACUUCAUGAUUCCACUGUGAAGACUGAAUAUAAACCAGACUGGCCAACAAGGCUCUCCAUUGCUAUAGGAGUAGCAGAAGGGUUGGCUUUCCUUCAUCAUGUAGCCAUCAUCCAUCUUGAUAUCUCCUCGAGUAACAUAUUGUUGGACGCCAAUUCCAAGCCUUUAGUUGGGGAGAUUGAGAUAUCAAAGCUCUUGGAUCCUUCAAAGGGUACUGCAAGUAUAAGUGCAGUAGCAGGAUCAUUUGGUUAUAUUCCCCCAGAAUAUGCAUACACAAUGCAAGUUACAGCACCAGGAAAUGUUUAUAGCUAUGGAGUUGUGCUGCUUGAGAUUCUUACAACUCGACUACCAGUUGAUGAGGCCUUUGGUGAAGGGGUAGAUCUGGUGAAAUGGGUCCAUGGAGCUCCGGCAAGAGGUGAGACCCCAGAACAAAUACUUGAUGCAAGGCUAAGCACAGUCUCCUUCGCUUGGAGGAAAGAGAUGCUUGCACUUUUGAAGGUUGCUUUGCUUUGCACCGACAGCAUACCAGCCAAACGGCCCAAAAUGAAGAAAGUGGUGGAGAUGCUCCAAGAAAUAAAGCAAAGCUGACAGUAUCUCAUUUAAAUUAGCUUGACAGAUUUCUGAAUCCAGGGAUGAAGAAUCUGAUGGUUAUAAAGUUCUGAUGCUUUUGAAUAUGGAGCUUCAACUAUAUCAGUUUAAUUAGUCAUGCUUAGAUAUCCAUUAAAGGAGCAAGAUCAUUAUUCCAUCUGUUUGUACCGUAAAAAAGGGCUUGUUGGAGAUGACAA